CCUCCCUUUUCUCCUUCUCACGGACAAAAGAGCUUCCUGUUGACGUUCGUUCUUCAGUCGUUUCGAUAAAAAUCAGAAACUCGUUCCUAAGACAGAAUCGAACCGGAACGCAUCAGAGGAGAAACUUCACAUCCGCUGGAUUUAGAGAGCGGUUUCCGGAGCGUCUCCGAGGCGGAAUGCAGCUGUCGUGGUGUGUUAGUCGGUAAAUAACCGUCUUUCUCCCGGUAUGGCGGAGGCACGCGCUGAGGAGGACGAGGAGCGUCUGCGCGAGACACGGAGCGCAGAACAUUCAGACAGAAACAAACCUGAUCAGCGCCACUCCAGCCAAGGGCCGCUUUCCUCCAUCAGAGCCGUCAUCAAACGCACAUCAGCGAGAACGAGCUCUCAGAGUGACCCUCAGCGAGAGCGCAGCAGGCGUCCAGAAAUCACCAUCCUCUCUGCUGAACCGCUGCUGUCCAAUACAUGGUUCCCAGGGGAUUCUGGGGCCUUUCCUCCAGCCCCGCCCCCUGCCCCGCCCACUUGGGCUGCAGGCUCGGCAACAGUGCAGCUACCACCUCCCUCCUACGAGCAGGUGAUCCGAGAAAAGAGCCGUGAGCAAAAUCUUCAAUCUUCGUCAUCUUCAUCUCCAUCAUCUCGUCGCUCUAUCUACACCAUCGCCACACAGACAGACAAAGACUCCCCCGGCCCACAAUCCUCUGCUGCUCGUCCAGUUCGCAGACCCCCCAAACCUCCGAGUCCCUCACUGCCCCUCAACCACAUGCCUGAAGUGGACCGGUCUGAUCCGAAUGCCAGUGCUCAGCCUCGAGACACUCUGCACGAGCAGUGUGGCGUCCAGACGGACUUCGAUGACAUUAUCAAUGACAUCACUCCCAUAGACCCCUCCCCCAUCACCACCACUUCCACCCAGAUCAACCUCGAUUCCCCAGGUGACACGAUGAAAGAGGAGCCGAGAGUAUGUCCCAGACCUCAGCCGCGCUCCAGAGUCGCCCUACGACCCAACGAGGACAUUCUGGACCAGCCGAUGAUGAGGGAGGUGAAAGUUCAGACUCUAGUGCGUCUGAAGGACGACGGGGCCGAGAACGUUUUCGCCGGGUUCGAUGACGCUCCGUCUGACAUCUCCAGCAAAUACCUGCAAGACCUGCUGGAAGUGUUUGGUUCAGACGCAACACCUGUCCAACAUGGAGAAAGUAAACAAAGUGAUGCAAGCAAUGUAGAAGAAGAUAAAAAAAAUACAGGUGUUUGCGAAGCACCAUGCGCUGUUAUAACACCUGAACCUGUAGAACCAUUAAAUAGACCAAAACCACGACCUAGAACUCAGAAAUCCAAACCCCAGCUCACCCUAAAACCAUCUGUCUUUGAGGUUUUUGAUACCAGAGAACCUACUGUUGAGCAAAACCCCUCCAAAGCCCUGAGUCCACCAGUACCAGCACCCAGACCCCUUCUGAACAAACUCCAGAGUCAAUCAGAGUCCAGAUCUGCUCCAUCCUCCAAACCUUCACCAGCUGCCGGUCCUGACAGCGCUCCUCCCAGCCAGCAGAUGGCAGCGGAGGCCUCCAGUCUGUCCAAGAGGAGAAAUUCAGAUGAUCAAGCUAUAAACACUCCUGUGAAAACAGCACCAGUGAUUGUAACUGGCAGGAACGUUGGAAAACGUCCGUCAGUCCCCAAACACUCCCGACCUCCUCCACCUUUGCUGAGGAAGACACGGUCCACCUCACAGGCCACAGUGGAUGUUUCCAGAGCUGCUGACACAUCCACUACUCCACUCCCUCCAAGACCCAGCAGCGGCAGACCCCUCCCCCUCCGCCCUCCUCCAAUCAAAGUGACCAAACCCCCAGGCGGCUCCUCCUCCUCCUCCCCCCCUGCUGCGACCAAUCAGCUGCCAGGCAGCAGGGUGCCAAAGCGAUGCCCCCCCCUCCCACCCCGACCCAAACCAGGACAUCCACUUUACAAGUGCUAUUCUAGCAAAGCUCUUCAAGGAGAUGCAGAGCGGGAGAAUAUCAGCAAAGAGCGAGAGGCUCCAUAUGAGAAAACAUCUUUCCAUGAAGAGGAGCCCCUGAUUGUCCUGGAUGAUGAAGUCCCACAAACACAGUUGAACACACUCCAUGACCUCUGCCCCUCAGAGGUCAAAGGUCAAGAUGUGACUGUCAGUGGGCUUCUGCUAGAGGACGAGCCCUCAGAGCAGCAGAUCCAACAAAACACACAGAACAGGUGCGUCGUGGCCCGUUUUAGAUUUGAGGGGGAGGAGGGGGAGCUGUCCUUCACUGAGGGUGAUGUCAUCACUCUAAUGGAAUAUGUAAAUGAGGAGUGGGGGCGUGGCCUCCUGAACGGACAGACAGGAAUCUUUCCUCUCAGUUUCAUCCAGGCUAUAGAGGAAACUGAAUCGUUGCCAAGGAAACCGGCUCUGGAAUCUCCUGCGCCCCCUGCAGGAUCGAGAAUCAGAGGACGAGCACUUUAUGAUUUCACUCCUGAGUGUGAGGAUGAGCUCCAUCUGAAGUGUGUGUGUGUGCAGGCAGGAGAUGUGGUGUGUGAUUUGGAAGACAUGGAUGCUAAAUGGUUCCUCGGAGAAUCUGGCGGGAAACGUGGCAUCGUCCCCAAAAACUACAUCCAAGUGCUGCUGGACCCCUGAACAUCAUGGGCCGUCCUGCAUU